CGCUUGUGACUCUGUGACUGUGAAUGUGAAUGUAGGCGUACAACAAAAACAAAAAAUUUUGAAAAGAGUGGGAGAUGUCUGUAUGCGCGCCCGCUCUCUCUCUCUCUCUCUUUCGCAUUCUCUCUUUCCAUGUGUGUGUGGGGAGGCAAUACAAAGAGCAUCAUACGAUUGCAUCGGCAUUUUCAUUCAAGCCGCUCGCUCUUAGCAUGUGUGCGACAGUGUGUAUGUGUGUGUGUGUGUUUGCGUGAGAGAGCGUAUUUUGUAUCUGUGCGCUAGUGCUGAUUACGUUUUCAACUUUCUGCUCAGCAGAUUUGUGCAGUUGUGUGCGUGAGUAUCUCGCGCCUUCGAGUUCUCUCGCAUUCGCUCUCUCUCUCUCUUUCUCGGUGGUGGAUACUUGAGGUGUAAACAGCGCCAUAACAUUUAGUAUUUGUUUGGACUCUGUCGUUAACGGUUCGUUCUGUCGUUCGUUCGUUAGUUGUGUUUUAUUGCGGUUUGCUUUUGAACAAAAAUAAACACACACCCGAACACACACACACAAUAAAUAUAAAAAAUAAUACAAUGCAAAUUAUUUAAAAAUAAAAAUAAUAAUAUUAAUAGCUUAAAGGUUUCUACGAAACUUUGAUUACAGCAAAUAUAAAAUUCUAAAACUCAAAAAUAAAUGUCUAUAGUCUGUUUCUACCUAUGUAAGAAUACAAUCUUGUUAAACAACAAAAAAAAAGUGCAAUUUAAAAAUUAUAAAAUACAAAAAGCAAAACAUAGUGCAAAUGCAAUGUAGCUGAAAUAACUAAAAGAGUGCAAAUGAAUUUCAAGUUUAUGUUUGUGUAUAGUGAUAAUAAAUUUUUGUGCGGCCGCCACAUGCGGCAACAACAAGAAAAGGAAAAAGAAAAGGGAGAACAAUUUAACUAAAACAUGUGUAAAUAAAAACGCACUGGAAUCGAAAACUUUUCACAGCGCAAGAGAAAAACACCACCACACACAAACGCAGUUACAGUCACACACACACACACACAUGCACGUCGAACUAUCAACAACAACAACAACAGCAACUAGAACGUUUAUCAUUCAACGUUGUGUUGACUGCACUACGUAAUCAACGGGGGCUACGGCGCGAGAAAGAGAAAGGGAGAGAGCGAGGGAGCAGAACAAAAAACCGCGUGCAAACGUCAGAGUCACAGACCAAGCACAAAGUCUACAAUUAAUGUACAUAAGUCUGUCUGACUGUCGUUCGUCUUUCUGCUCGUCGUCUUGUCUCUUGUCUAGUCUGGAAAACGAAAAAAUAAACACAACACAGCAAAUGUCCAUGUCCCAUUGUUGAUGGAAUAGUUAUAGCAAAAACAGUGUUAGUUCCAACUACUGAACAAAAAAAAAAGAAAGGACGACGCGCUCUCGAAACAACCGUUAUAACUCUCCCAAAGUGUAAACUCAAGUGUAUAGUACAAUCUAAUAUCUUAUAUAUACGGUUAAAAUCAAAACAAGGAACAAGAAAGUCGAAACCAAAAUUCUUCUUCUUUCUUACGUUUUUUUUUAAUGGAUUACAAUUUUUGUGGAUUAUUUGCUGAAUUGGCGCAUUUUAUAGAUGCACACGCAAUCUGAGUCUGAGGCGCAACAGAUAAACAUGUAUUUUGUACGCAAGCAAGUGCGUAAAAAAUACUAGAAAAAUACCAAGCAAACAGCAGAAAAUAUUUGAAGAGGAGAGAAGCGAAAAGAGCUUUGACUUGACGUCCGCCCAAGACCAAGUGCAGACUUCAAACUUCAGUUCAGUGCGUGCGUGGAUGAAGAUUGCUCCUCUCGUCUCGCUCAUUGGACUCAUUGAAAAGAUUUCUCGACGAGGAUUUGCAGCAAUAAGGCAACACAACGGCGACCAUCGGCUACCAAAUGAUGAAACGACGCUGGUCGAACAAUGGCGGCUUCCUGCGCAUACAGGAGGAGUCCUCGUCAGAGGUGACCUCCUCCAGUAAUGGCCUGGUGCUGCCAUCGGGCGUCAACAUGUCGCCCUCAUCGCUCGACUCCCACGACUAUGGCGAGCAGGAGUUCUGGAUCUGUGGCAACGAUGCGAGCGCCUAUGGCAACAGCAAUGGCCACGGCAACGGCAACAGCUUGGAGCAUGCCCAGCAACAACAACAGAGCGUCAUCACGCUGGCCAUGCACGGCUGCUCCAGCACACUGCCCGCCCAGACAACCAUCAUACCCAUAAGUAAUAACAACAAUAACAACAAUAAUAAUAGUAAUAACAACAACAAUUCGACGGGCAUCAAUGGCAACGGACACUACGUGCCCGGAGCGACGAAUCUGGGCUCGCUGACGAAUGGCCACUUGGGCAGCCUGGUGAACGGACAUAGUCUAAUCAAUUCCACAGCGCAAACGCCCACGCCCACAUCGCCGCUGCACUUGCAGCAGAAUGGCGGCCUCAACGGCGCCUUAGUCACUGCUGCCAAUCCGGGUGGCAUGCUCGUCGGCAUGAGCCUCAAUGCGCUGCAUCACACGAAUGGCAAUUCACAUGGACUUGGAGGCGGCGGCGGAGCGCCAGCUGGAGUUAGCAUCGGUGGCAUGGUAAUGGGCAUGCAACACACGCCGCGCAGCGAUUCGGCGAAUUCGAUUUCAUCAGGUCGCGAUGAUCUCUCGCCCUCGAGCAGCCUUAACGGCUACUCCACGAACGAGGGCUGCGAUGCAAAGAAGAGCAAAAAGGGUCCAGCGCCGCGACUGCAGGAGGAGCUGUGCCUGGUCUGCGGCGACAGAGCCUCCGGCUAUCACUACAACGCGCUCACCUGCGAGGGUUGCAAGGGUUUCUUUCGCCGCAGCGUGACCAAGAAUGCGGUCUAUUGCUGCAAAUUUGGGCGCGCCUGCGAGAUGGACAUGUACAUGCGUCGCAAGUGUCAGGAGUGCAGAUUGAAGAAGUGCCUGGCGGUGGGUAUGCGGCCGGAGUGCGUCGUUCCGGAGAAUCAGUGCGCGAUGAAGCGGCGCGAGAAGAAGGCGCAAAAGGAGAAAGACAAGGUCAGCAGCUCCCCCAGCUCCCAGCAUGGACUCAAUUCCAAUUCAAGCUUGGGCGCAGGCCUGCAUGCGCCCAACGACGUCAAGAAGGAGAUACUCGACCUCAUGACAUGCGAGCCCCCACAGCAUGCCACAAUUCCGCUACUACCUGAUGAUAUAUUGGCCAAGUGUCAAGCGCUCAAAAUACCUCCAUUAACGGCCAAUCAGUUGAACGUUAUAUAUAAAUUAAUUUGGUAUCAGGAUGGAUAUGAGCAACCAUCCGAAGAGGAUCUCAAACGUAUCAUGAGUCAACCCGAUGAGAACGAGAGUCAAACCGAUGUCAGCUUCCGGCACAUUACCGAGAUAACGAUACUGACGGUGCAGCUGAUUGUUGAGUUUGCGAAAGGUCUGCCAGCGUUCACAAAGAUACCCCAAGAAGAUCAAAUCACGUUACUCAAGGCAUGCUCAUCGGAGGUGAUGAUGUUGCGCAUGGCGAGGCGUUAUGAUCACAAUUCGGACUCGAUAUUCUUUGCCAAUAAUCGCUCCUAUACGCGUGACUCGUACAAAAUGGCGGGCAUGGCGGAUAAUAUAGAGGACUUGCUGCAUUUUUGCCGCCAAAUGUUUUCAAUGAAGGUGGACAACGUGGAGUAUGCGCUACUCACUGCCAUUGUGAUCUUCUCGGACCGGCCGGGGCUGGAGAAGGCCCAGCUGGUGGAAGCGAUACAGAGCUACUACAUCGACACCUUACGCAUUUAUAUACUCAAUCGUCAUUUUGGUGACUCCAUGAGUCUUGUCUUCUACGCCAAACUGCUCUCUAUACUCACCGAGCUGCGCACGCUGGGCAAUCAGAAUGCGGAAAUGUGUUUCUCUCUCAAGCUCAAGAACCGCAAGCUGCCCAAGUUUCUGGAGGAGAUCUGGGAUGUGCACGCUAUACCGCCCUCGGUGCAAUCGCACUUGCAGGCACAGCAGGAGGAGCAGGAGCGCGCCUCGCGCGCCGAACGCAUGCGUGGUGCGGUAGGCGGCGCCAUUACCGCUGGCAUAGAUGCCGACUCGGCUUCCACCUCGCAGGCAGCACAACAGCAGCAGCAGCAGCAGCAACAGCAGCAGCAGCAGCAGCAUCUUGCGCAUAGUCAGGCACAUGGAGUGCCGCAUCUGCCCGUGAACUCAGUGUCAGCGGUGAGCACCAGCAGCGACUUUAUGGGGCCCAUCACAGCCGCCGCCAGCUCCUCCACAGCAUACAGAGGCCAGCCACUCAAACAACGCACGUAA